GUAACACUGUUUAACACUAUCCAACUUUCCCUGCUCCCGCACUCUCUCUCCCCUCGUUACCCAAAAUUAGAAAAGGAGGAGAAGCCAGCUCUGAGAUCCAAUAUUGCCCUCUCUUUUUCUUGUGUUUCUACAUAUAAAGAACAGGGCAUCUCUGCUUAGAUCUCCAUUACAAUUAGGUUUCUUUGCUUAGGUACCUACCCUUUUUUGUUACUUGCCUGUUACCCCAUUGAUCGGUCAGUCUUUGGUAUUAACUGAAGAGAUCUUAUAUCACUGUAUUGAUUAUAGGGUGGGAAAACAAACUGGCCUACUUUUAGAUCAGGAAUUUCAAGCAGGUUUUAGCGGAAUGAGAUUGGCAUUGUGAUAGUAGAAGUUGUUCUCUGUUUGAAGGAAUUUAGAGCUAAACAAACAAUGAGGGGAAGAUCUGACGGAGGCCAAAGGAAGCGUCUGAUCACUUCAGUGUGUGUGGUGGCAGUCUUUCUUGCUUUUGUAUAUGUAUUCUACGGAUCUAUCUUUGGCUCGUCCAGUCGGGGUGCCUCUGCUCUGGAAUACGGAAGCAGAUCAUUGAGAAAAUUAGGUUAUUUGGGUGGGGAUGACGAGGAGGCCAAGCAAGAUGAAUCUUCAACAAAAUUUGGACUUGAAGAUGGUGAAGGUGAUAUCAUACUCAAAAGUUUCCCUGUCUGUGAUGAUCGGCAUUCAGAACUAAUUCCCUGCCUAGACAGGAAUCUUAUAUACCAAUUAAGAUUGAAGCUGGACUUGUCUGUCAUGGAGCACUAUGAACGUCACUGCCCUCCUCCUGAAAAGCGAUACAACUGCUUGAUUCCUCCCCCGCCAGGGUAUAAGAUUCCCAUUAAGUGGCCCAAAAGCAGAGAUGAAGUAUGGAAAGCAAAUAUACCUCAUACUCACCUUGCACAUGAGAAAUCUGACCAGAACUGGAUGGUUGUAAAAGGUGAAAAGAUUGUAUUUCCUGGAGGAGGCACUCAUUUUCACUACGGAGCUGACAAAUAUAUUGCCUCAAUUGCAAAUAUGCUCAACUUUUCACAUAGUAAUUUGAACGAUGAAGGAAGGUUACGUACAGUUCUUGAUGUUGGCUGCGGUGUUGCAAGUUUUGGAGCUUAUCUCCUUUCCUCUAAUAUAAUAGCUAUGUCUUUAGCACCCAAUGAUGUGCAUCAGAACCAAAUCCAAUUUGCUCUGGAAAGAGGAAUUCCUGCAUAUCUUGGUGUUUUGGGGACCAAGAGAUUGCCAUACCCUAGUAGAUCAUUCGAACUUGCUCAUUGUUCUCGUUGUAGGAUUGAUUGGCUUCAGAGGGAUGGCAUCCUUCUUCUUGAACUAGAUAGGUUACUAAGACCAGGUGGCUAUUUUGCCUACUCAUCUCCAGAAGCAUAUGCACAAGAUGAAGAGGAUCUCAGAAUAUGGAGGGAGAUGAGUGCCCUUGUGGAACGCAUGUGUUGGAGAAUAGCUGCAAAGAGGAACCAAACUGUAAUUUGGCAAAAACCUUUGACAAAUGAUUGUUACAUGGAAAGAGAACCUGGCACUCAACCUCCUCUCUGCCGCUCAGAUGAUGAUCCAGAUGCGGUCGCGGGUGUGCAUAUGGAAGCUUGCAUCACACCAUAUUCUGAACAUGACCAUAAAGCCAAGGGGAGUGGAUUAGCACCUUGGCCAGCUAGAUCAACUGCACCUCCUCCCCGACUUGCAGAUUUUGGUUAUUCAAGUGACAUGUUUGAAAAGGACACGGAACUUUGGCGACAAAGAGUGGAUAGUUAUUGGAAUCUUCUGAGUCCAAAGAUUCAGUCUGACACCCUGAGAAAUAUAAUGGACAUGAAAGCAAACAUGGGUUCGUUUGCAGCUGCUCUGAAGGACAAAGAUGUAUGGGUAAUGAAUGUUGUCCCUGAGGAUGGACCAAAUACACUUAAGUUGGUAUAUGACAGAGGUCUGAUUGGCGCUAUUCACAACUGGUGUGAAGCCUUUUCAACAUAUCCCCGGACCUAUGAUUUACUCCAUGCUUGGACUGUGUUUUCGGACAUUGAGAGGAAAGGCUGCAGUGCUGAGGAUCUGUUGCUGGAGAUGGACCGUAUGCUCAGGCCUAGUGGUUUCAUCAUCAUUCGGGACAAACAAGCAGUAGUUGAUUUUGUAAAGAAGUAUUUAGUGGCUUUGCACUGGGACACAGUGGCAACAGAUUCCAGUUCAGAUUCAGAUCAUGGUGGGGACGAUGUAGUAUUCAUUAUCCAAAAGAAGAUGUGGUUGACAAGCGAAAGCCUCAGAGAUACAGAAUAGGACAAUUACUGCUCACCGUAUCUGCAACUCCAGGGGGAUUAAAGAAAUAUAUCCCCAUUAAGUGGA